AAAGUAAACAAUCCUCUGUAUCAAACCAUUCAGUCCUUCGUCAUAUUAAUCUGCCGAUACUCGACACGUCAGAGGCUUCUACACGUGUUUAGAGCUUACGCAGCUCAGAGGCUCACGCAGCUGAAUCAGUAAUAUAACAAUUGAAACAUGGGCUCUCUUGUUCCAGGAUGGGAUGCGGAUUUUGUAGUUCCCAGAGAACUGCAACCUGAUGACAACGACAUCGACAAAGAGCCCGAGCGGGAAGGCUACUUUGCGCGCCUGAGGUCUCACAGGCACACUCAUGGCGGGGAUGCGGAGCGCGAGCUCUCCUCCUUGUCCCGCAUAUCUGCCCCCGCGACCCUAAGGGCGCAGCCCUUCCCGCCCUCCCCAUCCGCGACAGCGACGGCGACAGCGCGGAAAGGCUCACCCGCCUUGCGAGGCACCGCGAGUCCCGGUUCCGUACAACGCCGUACGACCACCCAGAUCGACUGGUCGGAGGAGCUGUCUUCCCUGCGGAAGGCCGUACCCAGGCGGGCAACGCAGGCGGUGCCCCAGCAUGAGGAGGGGCGGGCGCUGAAGGCGAGCUCCAGUGAGCGGCCGCGACACGGCGCCACAUGGUGGCGGGACCUGGAGGUGGGUCACCUCAACGAGCGCCCCGACCCGCAGGACGCGGUCGACAACGGACAGUCCACCGUACACCGUCGUCUGUCGUACGUGCCGCAGUUCGUAUCCACCCAUGAACUGGACUUUGGGGAGAUGGAGCAGAAGCGGGGACGGGCGCCGGGGAGCGGGGAGCGCUAGCGGUGGGGUUGUACGGCAAGGUGUGGGGUACGGCAAGGUGUGGGGUAAUGGCGGAGGUGUGGGGCAACCUGGUGGUGAUGGAAUGGCGACAGUGAGGGGAGGAUCCCUUAGGAUGUUUUUGACCGCGCAAUAAAUUGGUUGAUUGCCAGAUGAGGCAGGGGUGCGGAGGUGUUUAGACCAGAAAGUUGAGAGCGGAGUUGUGGGAGCAGCUGCUUGCAAAACAGCGCGGUACGUGUACAGUAGUUGGGUGGGAGUUGGUUGGUUGGUCGGCGCUCUGGGGCAGGAGGCCCCAACGUUUCUUGAGACUGCAAUGCUGUGCUGGUCGGAGGGAUUUGCUGCUCGUAUGCUGUCGGGGUUGCUGC